UUUUAUAACAAAGAAUUGCUCCUUAUUGAUAUUUUUCAUGUGCUGAUAAUAUACCGCAUUACCAAAAUGCUCUGUAUUUCGAACAGGAAAUAUGUUUAAUUCAUUUCAGCAUAACUGAAGUAGUUUAGUGCAAAUUAAUUCCUCUAUUUUUGAUUUUCCAGAUCUGGUCCUGUGGAUCUCAGUAUCAGACAAUGAUCAGUGAAGCCCCUCUCACAACAGUUCAGCUAUAAAUACUGGAGAAUAUUCACAUCAUCCUACAAGAGAAGAACAAACUCCAGGUGCAGCAGCUGAAAUCUGUGACUGUUAAAGAUGGAGUUUAUUAAAGAGGAGAUUGAAGACAUGAGGGAUCCAGAACCAUCCAGAAUAAAACAUGAAGAUACUGAGGAACAAACAGACCUGAUGGAAGUGAAGGAGGAACGUUUAGAACUGAACGAAGAGGAACAUUUCAUUACUGUAGAAUAUAAUUCCUCCCAAAACGGAGCUCAAAGAACAGAAGCCAAAAACCCUGUGACCUGCCCUCAAUGUAAAAAGAGUUUCACGCAAAAAGGAAGCCUCAUUAGUCACAUCAGAAUCCACACCGGAGAGCGUCCGUACACGUGUCCGCACUGCGGGAGGAGCUUCGCACGUAAAUACAGCUUGAAUGUGCACAUAAGAGUCCAUACUGGAGAGAAACCCUACACCUGUCCUCAAUGUGCGAAGACUUUCACGCAAAAGGAACACCUGAACAGUCACCUAAGAGUUCACACUGGAAAGAAACCAUUCGUAUGUCAUCAGUGCGGAAGCGGUUUCACACGUAACGACAGCUUGAAGAACCACUCAAGAAUUCACACUGGCACGAAGUCCUUUAUUUGCCCUGAGUGUGGAAAGAGCUUUAACUGGGCUCACAAUUUCAACAAUCAUCUGCACUCUCAUUCUGGAGUGAAGCCUUUCAGCUGCGAUCAGUGUGGCGAAAAAUGUCCGUCUGCGUCCGCUUUAAGAUACCACCUCCAAGCUCAUACAAAUGAAAGGCCUCACUUGUGUUCUUCGUGCGGAAAGAGUUUUGCACGGCUGGACUCUUUUAGAGCGCACCAGAAGCUGCAUAGCGGCGUGAGACCUUACCUGUGUUCAGACUGCGGCAGGACGUUUAAUAAAGCCACCAACUUGAAAGAGCACCAGAAGAUUCAUAUCGGUGAAAGACCAUACAAGUGUUCGCUUUGUGACAAGAGUUACAGUCAGUCGGGAUCCUUGAAAGCACACGAGCGACUUCAUACAGGAGAGAGACCGUAUCGCUGCACUCAGUGUGGAAAGAGUUUCUUCAAAUCAAGCCAUCUAGUGGCACAUAUAAAAAUGCACCGUCCGUCUCCGAAGGCUUCACAGUGAGCAACUGUGAUUUUAGAUCAACCAAAAACAGACUUUGAACUAUCUAAGAAGAUAUUUCCUGGUAUAAGUGCAGUGUUUUGUGUGAAUAAUGUAAAUAAAUUAA